AUGGGUUGUGUUGCUUCAAAGAGCGAAUAAUUAAAGAGUACCUAAAAACAAGCCUUGUAACUUAGUUAAACUUAACAAAUUUAAAGUGAGGAGUAAUCAAAAUUUCAAAUGACUAAAUCACCGUUAUCCUGCAGGGUAAGAGCUCCUUCAAUUAACAACUCUAAACCCAUUUCUAAGGAAAAACAGAAUAGGAUAGAAAAACUUUUAUUUAAUAAAAAGAGUAAUAUCAAUAAUAGCUCAUUCUAAUGUCCUGAAGAAGAAUAGGCAUAUUAGAGAGCAAUUAUUAGAUUAAUAGCAAGUUGA